CGCCUCUCCUGGACCCUUUCUCCUCUCCUGGACCCUUUCUCCAUAAAACAGUAGCAAAGAGCCUUCGAUGGGCUGCUCUGUGCCUCAUCAUUAGCAGACACGGACUCCUGCCUUGCAAGAUGUUAUCUUCUCUGGAAUCUCAAAGAGGACCUAAAAAUGGUUUAUAAAGCCGAUUUGGUUGUUAUUGGCGUCUCUGUUGGUCUGGCCCUUGGUAUCUUGAUAGCUUUGCUUGUGUUUCUUGUAACAAGGUGGUAUAAGAAGCAUGCUCAUCUUAGAAAAUGUGCAAAUGAGCACAGUGUUGCAACUCUUCCAAUACGCACCAAUGGAUUAGGAGCAAGUACUGACUUUAGUGCCUCCAUCUCAAGCUCCAUUAUUACUCAGCAGUCAGAACAUCUUCAGAAGAAUUCUCCGCAUUCUUGGUGGAAUCAUCACAGUAAAGAGCGGUUUGCUUCUCCAUCAGGCAUACCAAAGUAUUCUUACAAGGAUAUUCAGAAAGCUACACAAAAUUUCACAAAUAUUGUAGGCCAAGGAUCAUUUGGGGCUGUAUAUAAAGCUAUAAUGCCUACAGGAGGAAUAGCAGCUGUAAAGGUGCUUGCUUCUAAUUCAAGUCAGGGGGAAAAGGAGUUCCAAACAGAGGUAUCUCUGCUAGGAAGGCUGCAUCAUCGGAACCUUGCGAACUUAGUGGGGUAUUGUGUAGAUAAAGGACAACACAUGUUGGUUUAUGAGUUCAUGAGUAAUGGGAGCUUGGAAAGCCUUUUAUAUGGUGAAGAAACACGAGUUCUGAAUUGGGAAGAAAGACUUCAAAUUGCUCUUGAUAUUUCACAUGGGAUUCAAUAUCUUCAUGAAGGGGCAGUCCCACCAGUAAUACACCGUGACCUAAAGUCUGCUAAUAUAUUGUUGGACUACUCAAUGAGAGCCAAGGUUGCAGAUUUCGGGUUGUCAAAAGAAGAGGCUUUUGAUGGCCGGAACUCUGGCCUAAAAGGUACUUAUGGUUACAUAGACCCAGUGUACAUUUCAACUAGCAAAUUCACAAUGAAGAGUGACAUAUAUAGCUUUGGCGUUAUCAUCUUUGAGCUCAUCACAGCUAUCCACCCACACCAGAACUUGAUGGAAUAUGUUAAUCUUGCUGCUAUGAGUUCAGAUGGUAUUGAUGAAAUUCUUGAUAAGCAACUAGUUGGAAAAUGCAGCAUCGUGGAAGUGAGACAGCUAGCUAGCAUCGCACACAGAUGCUUGCACAAAUUACAAAGGAAGCGACCUUCAAUAGGAGAAGUUACACAGGGUAUCCUGAAAAUAAAGCAGAGGCGCCUUGCAAAAGAAGAUACCAUGUCUUCUGUGGAAGAAGAACUUUCGCAAGUUCUGAGCCGGAUAGGAAAUCAACAGAUAGAACUGACAAGGUUGGGCAGCAUCAUGGAGAGUGAUUGAUCAAUCGGUGCGUACACCACUCUUCUUCAUCUCUUCCUACAAACAAUACUGACAAUAUCACAAUAGGCUAUGAAGAAUUGAUAGAUAUAGGGAACUGGUUUUAAACCAAAUGCCCUCUACAUAACUAAACCCUGGUGUUUGGAUGACUUCAACCACCAAGAUCAAUGGAGGUAUGAUUCUGAAACGUAUUUCAGCUACAUUUGAACAUUUGAUUCUUCAGUUUCGCUCCUUGAAAAUUGUUACUCUUUUUACUUCUACAGAUUCAAUGCCCCUUUGGAUGGUUCUUUGCUCUAUUUUUGCUUUGUUUUGGCAUUUCAACGUCUCCAAAAUAACAGUCUCAUCUUAAA